AUGGAACUCGACUCCGACAGGGAAGAUUACCUCAAUAUCGAGGAAAAUGUCUAUACUCUGCAAGAUGUAGAUUGCAUCACUUUCGUAGAGAAGUAUGCGCACCCUCUGUCAAGUUGCCUUGAAUGUCACAAGGGCGAUCAAGACCUUUGCCGCUUCAAAAAUUUCAGACGAAUAGCACUGUCCGCUGCGCGUGUCGGUGCUGAUUUGCUUGGGGGUAGAUAUACCCAUUGGAAGAAAGCUGAUUCGACUACCCCGGACUUCCUCUACGCAAAGUCCUUUACCCCUCGGAUAUCGAGGCAAGAUGUCAAUUAUUUGAAAGCCUCCAUUGCGAGAGUACUCCUUCCUGAGGUGAAGCGAAGCUCUCAAGCCCUCAAUAGCUACCAAGGGCCAGUUAUUCCGAUGUCAAGAUCAGCCCAUUAUAAGGAUAUAUGCGAUAUUUGCGACUGGCCUUUAGAUCUUGUGUCCUGGAUUUGCAAGACCUGUGGUUCAUUCUCUUGUCUACAAUGCCCUAGAAUGACGGGGGGGUGCUGUGCCGCCGAUAAUGUCCUGGCAUCUGCCAUGGAACCAGAGGAGCUCCGGGAUUUUGAACGUCAGCUCCUCGACUUCUCCUUGCUACCUGUUGUUCUUCCUCGGUCGCAUGAUGGGAAAGAUCCUGGGUUAGACUCUAUCCUCGAGAACACAAUCGACCCAAUUAAACGUGUAGUCCCGACUCUCCACGGCCAGUGCUCACUAGGCGAGUUCAAUUCAUUUUGGUCGAUGGGUGUCCCGCUAGUCGUCAAACUUGGAGGAGAUCUACAAUGUGACUGGUCACCAAUAUCUCUUGCCACCCUCUUUGGUAGCGACAAAUGCACCGUAGUCGAUUGUGAGGAUCGGGGUUACAAGGAGGAAUGUCUGGUUGAUGAAUUCCUUCGAGUAAAGCUUCCACGUCGUCAAGGGCGUAUACUCAAACUCAAGGACUAUCCCCCUGACACUACAUUGAAAUUGAAGUCAUCAGAUCUGGGACGCGAUUUCAAUUCAGCCGUCCCGGUGUGCGAGUAUUGCAGCGACAGUGGCCCCUUAAAUAUUGCAAACUAUUUCCCCAUCAACUAUUCUUGCAUGCCUGACCUCGCGAUGGCAAGUCGGCAAGAUCGCCGUCAGCACGGCAGUACACGUCUGCACAUGGAUAUUUCGGAUGCCGUAAACAUCAUGGCAAACAUCGAUGGUGAAGCUCGGUGGGAAAUAUUCACAGCGGAGGAUACUAAACUACUCGGUUCCUUCAUCAAGUCCCGGUUCAAAAAGCUGAAAAAAUGUCGAGCAGGAGAUUCAGUUAACGCCUACCAUGUCUACCUAACACCGGAUCACCUUGAAGUUCUCAGAGUCAACUACAAGAUUGUUCCGUUCACAUUUCACCAGUCUUUUAGAGACGUGGUUUAUAUUCCAGCUGGAUGCGCACACCAGGUUUCAAACAUCACGCCUUGCGUCAAAGUUGCGAUGGACUUCUUGUCACCCCAGAGCCUCGAACGUUGUUUCGAAGUCGAUAGGAUGUUUCGAUCUUGUAGCCAAGCCACCGACACGUUAGAGCUCUACAACCUGCUCAUACACAGCUGGAUGGCACUAACAUUUUACGAGACAAUAUACUGUGAGGCACAGGCCCCCAUACUUCCCAGGCUUCCGUCUGUCCCAAGGAUUGGCGUUACAACCCACGCGGCGAUGGCAACCGGCACUGUUCCCAAGCCUUGUCAGAGCAUGUCCGCGCAACAUGAUGCUGAUAAUGAGCACGGUGUUCCCCCCAUGGAGUCUCUCUGCUUUGGAGAAGUCCAUUCUGAUACCACACUCGAGGAUAUUCAGCCAACAGCGGACACUCCAGCUGACCAGCAGUGCCGGACUUGUCCAGCCGACGUUGCAAAUGAAAACGUCCCACCUGCGAUGCCUAUUCCUGCAACAGUCGCACUACCCGGGCUCUCGCAGCCAAUGUUUACCGUCGCGCCAACUUUCACCGCCAUAUUUCGCACUAGUGUCUUAGGCAAGCGUAAGGAGAGGACCUGCGUGACAUGUCAACAAAAGUACCCAGAUUGUCCUGGUGCUGUUUUGCGGAAGAGAUGCCCUUUUUUUGGUACUUAG